AUGACCGCAGGAGUGGACGCACUUUUUAGCAGCCUGGGAGCUCGCUAUGAAGCUGCCUUUGGAAAGGACAAAGACCUGCAAGACUUUAUUGAGUUUGUAGCCAGAGUACUCCCCGCGGAAAGCCGAACAUUGGAUGUGGGCUGUGGGACAGGAAAGCCAGUGUCAUUCUUACUUGCAUCGGCUGGCCACAAAGUCCACGGCAUCGAUAUAUCGGAAGAAAUGGUGACGAUAGCAGCGUCUCAGGUUCCGGGGGUUUUCCAUGUGGCCGAUAUGAAGACAUACCAGCCACCUGAUUUGUUUGAUGCAGUCUUCGCUAUUCGCUCUUUGUUCCAGUUGCCACCGUGUGAGGUGUGCUCGAUGAUCACCCGAUUCUCCCAGUGGAUCAAAAUUGGAGGAUACGUGAUCCUGGGGGUGACCCCGAGUACCUCUCUGUCCCCGCAAAAGGCGACUUAUGAUCCCACUUGGGACUGUGUUUGGAUGUUUGACAAGCCGUGGAUGGGGAGUUAUGUCAACGAUUUGUUUCUAUCGGAGCAGCGAUGGUGUCAGCUCCUCCAGGAGUCCGGCUUUGUCCUGGAAACCGAGCCUGUCUCGUACCUCUUCUCGCCCUCGGGGCAGGAACAUGCACCCGAGGCCCACUACCUCAUUCUCGCAAGGAAGGUCGAAUUGGAGCCGCUAUUGGGACCAUACCCGUUGCCGAGACGUCUCAGGCCGCUGCAAUAUGAGCAACCCAAGGAUCUUUUCAGCCAUCGUCUGGUGAGUAACGACCUUGAUGAGUUAUUUGGACGCUUGAACAGCGCGGACGUUCUAUGUAUCGGAUCACCCCAGAACUAUGGACGCUUCGCAAGCCCCCAAUAUCAGUUUCUCGAUGCACGGAUCGAACGAUCAUCCUUUACCCCGAGAACGUUUCGUACGGUGCUUGCCAUGUGGCAGAUGGACUACGUGUUGAACAUGGACAAGACUAUUCAGAAAAUGGUCCACGCCGCGGAUCGAAUGGAUUCGAGGAUUGUGAUCAUCCAGGGAGGACCGUAUAAUGAAGUGCUCCAGCUUCUAGGCUCGGUAACUCGAUCCUGUCCCGUUGGCCAUCAAGGAUAUCUCCUACAGUCUGCUAUCCGGUGUCUUACCAAUUAUGGGUAUGGCAACAUCAAACUGCACCGGAUCGAGGCCCGGUAUGACUUUCAGGAAGAGGACCUCUUGGACCGUUGCAGCGCAGCCGCAGAGUUGUUAGCUGGAAUUUGGCAUCAGCAGCAUCCCCAAUGCGAGCGGAUCAAGGAGGCGCUUAGGGAGCGCCUUCAACUCCAUUUCCGGGUUAAUGCGCACUCGAUCGCUCACGGGAUGGUCGCUAUUGUUGCAGGGUUGUCGUUGUGA